UUAUGAUUAAUCUGCGGUGCAUCUGGCAUGUAGCUUUGCAACUCUUUAAUCUUAGUUGAUUUUUUCCAAUUUUUGCGAACGAUAUUGCAUCCAAGGUGUAUUCAAAACUAAAAAAUUUGCUUGCUCAUUCUUGAAGCUAAAUGUAAUAACUCGAAAGUGACUAAAAUCGAAAUGUUCUAGUGGUCAAAAUAUGACAUAAAUCCAUGGUGUGUGCGUUCCGACAUAAACGUGGGAGAGGAGAGGAAGAGAGAUGUGUUGGUGGAUGAAUUACUACAAUUUGCUUAAUAGCUAAUAGACUCAAUUUCUUUAUUUUUCUUUUUUUAAUUUGUUACGGUUUCGACGUACUCAUACGGGAAAGAUGGUGCCGUAGAAAGUCAUAUUUGAGAAAGAGGCAUACACGAUGGUGUGGAUUACGUAGAAAUAACCCAGAUGUGACGGCUAAGCGCGAAUCCCGGACCUUGCGCACCAAAGUCCGGCGCUUUAGCCACGGUCGUGAACACCGUGCGUCUAGACUUUAAAAAUUUCUGGUAUGCUUUUUACGAUCUGUUCACGAUGUCCUUAUAUGCGACGAUACUGCCAUAUCUCAUCCUAAGAUUGUUAGGAUUUACAUUAGGACAUGAUGUCAAGGGUUCAUCAGUUUGUGAAUUUUAUAAUGAAACAAUGUGUGCAGAAUCCCAGCAGGAAUGCUCGGGAAGAGAAGAAUGUGGGCCACAUGAUCCUGGCAAAAGAAAUCACUGUUAUGUGCUAUGGAAAAUUGACAAUGUUACUAAGAAAUCUAUAAUUAAAUUAAAGGGAUGUUUUUUGGAUAGUAAUGAUUGCUAUGAUAGGCCACAUUGUAUUGAAAACAGUGCAGAAAGAAAAAAAGAAUUAUUUUUCUGUUGUUGUGAUGGUAACAUGUGCAAUCAGAAUUUCACAUGGGAUCCACAUCCAACUUCUUCUUCUAAACCUAUUCAACCAUCUGUUUUUCAUGAAUCAGAACCUGUUCCAAAUACAGAGCAACAAAUAAUAACACUUGUUUUGUCAAUAUCGAUACCUAUGCUAAUACUUGUUAUUAUAUUGCCACUCUUAUAUUGGUGUUACCGACGUCGGAAGUCGGGAUAUUUCAACGAGGUUUGGAAGGCAUAUGUACCAACACUAGAGCCUCUGCCACUGCCGCAACCGUCUCCUAAUUUAGGAUUGCGGCCGAUACAAUUGCUUGAAAUAAAAGCUCGUGGUCGUUUUGGUGCUGUAUGGAAAGCACAAUUGAAAAAUGAGAUUGUUGCUGUCAAAGUAUUUCCAAUACAAGAUAAGCAAUCAUGGCAAACUGAACAAGAAAUUUUUAAACUUGCCCACAUGGAUCAUGAAGAUAUAUUACGUUUCAUUGGCGUUGAAAAAAGAGGUGAUAAUUUACAAGCUGAAUUCUGGUUGAUCACUGCAUACCAUGAAAAAGGUUCACUAUGUGAUUAUUUAAAGGCAAAUGUUGUUACAUGGCCUGAGAUGUGUAGAAUAGCAGAAUCUAUGGCAAGGGGUUUGAUGCACUUGCAUGAAGAAAUUCCAGCCAAUAAAGCAGAUGGAUACAAACCUGCUGUGGCUCAUAGAGAUUUUAAGUCAAAAAAUGUUUUGCUUAAAGCUGAUAUGAGUGCUUGUAUAGCAGAUUUUGGUUUAGCAUUGAUAUUUCAUCCUGGGAAACCUUGUGGAGAUACUCAUGGACAGGUUGGAACAAGAAGAUAUAUGGCUCCAGAAGUUUUGGAAGGAGCAAUUAAUUUUACAAGAGAUUCGUUUUUACGAAUCGAUAUGUAUGCCUGUGGUCUGGUGCUCUGGGAGUUAGCUUCGCGAUGCACUGUACAAGAUGGACCAAUUGGGGAAUAUAGAUUACCAUUUGAGGAUGAAGUAGGUCUUCAUCCCACUUUGGAAGAUAUGCAAGAAAGUGUUGUGCAUAAAAAAGAAAGGCCAAUCAUUUUAGAAACAUGGCGUAAACAUCCUGGACUGCAAUCAAUUUGUGAUACAAUGGAAGAGUGCUGGGAUCAUGAUGCCGAAGCACGUCUUUCAGCUUCUUGUGUAAUGGAAAGGGUUGCCACAUUGAGUAGGACGCUUGUUUUAAAUUCGUCAACGUUGAUACGAGUUGAUAAUACCAACGAGACUAUUACCACUAAGGAAUCUAGUAUGUAGUUAAUCUACAUGUAUUAUAGUUUUAGUUAAAUUGCACAACCAUUUUCUGUAUCAUAAUUUUAUGCAUACAUCAAUGAGGAAUGUUAAAACAUUGCAUGCUAUUUUGUAAUGAUUAUUUUUUAUCUUUUUAUUGGUUUUUCUUUUUUUGUUCUAAAUUAAAAUAAGUCUUAAUGUUUUAAAGCAACGUAAAUCAUCGCGAACAAAAUUGUUUUCGUUAAUUAGAUACUACAGUAUCAAGUAGAAAUAUUUUUACGAAUAUAACUUUUUUAAAUAAUCGUUAUUUAUUAAAUGUAAUUAUUAUCUCAAUGUAGUACUCAUCUCUGGAUUACUUGUAUAUAAAUCAUUCACGUAUAUAUAUAUAUUUAUAUAUAUAUAACACUAAAAUUUUAUAAUUAAUAUAGUUUAUUAAAUAUUAGUAACUAUUUUAUAUAAAAAUUUGGAAUCAAUUGAAUCAAUUCUUCAUUCGUAUUGUAUACAUAAAACUAGGGAUCUACGAUGAAAAACAAGAACUUUAUUGCUAAAUUUACAUUUCACUUAUAAAUCUCAUUUAAGUAAAAAUUACAAUGCAAUUAGAAAUACUUCUUUAUAUGUACAGUAUUAUUGAUAAACAUAAAUGUUGAGAUUCUUAUCCUUUAGUUUUUACCGAAAUGAGUUCCAAGUUAUUGUAUCAAAUGAUAAAAUACAUACUAUUAAUACCUUUUUGUUUGUUUAUGCAGUUGUAUUCCUCAUUGAUAUUAGCAAUCGCGCAGUAAUAGGUCAGAGAUAACAAAAUGAAUUAAACACUAGCCAAGAUGAUAUUCAAUGCAUAAUUUUUAUCUGUAAAGUCUUAUCAUAUGUGAAUUGUUACAAAGAUAACUCAACAAUUUUAUACAAAGUACCUGGUAGAAACAGUCAACUUAACUGAUUGGAAGCCAUGAGGAAUUUAUUAGAACUUCUGCACGAAGUAGAUGACUAUUUUAAUUAUUUUGCAUUUUAAAGAGUAUAAUAUUUAAGGUGACUAAUUUAUUUCGCAAAAUAAGAUUUUUUCCAUGAUCUCUUUUAAUUUUAUGUUAUAUAUAAUAUAAUGUAAGAAGUGAAGAAAAAUUUAUUAAAAGCACAUUGCGUAAAUACAUAAUUAUAUAUAUCUUAUUUAUUAAAUUUAAUAAUUUUCUUAUUAAUUCGAAGUAUAUAAAAUGUACAUUAUAAAACUAUAUUAAACAAUCAAAAUUAAUACUGCAUACUGUUCAUGGAUUAAAUUUUAUUAAGCCUAGUAAAAGUCUUCCUUAUGUAUUUUACUUUCAAGUAUAAUGAUUUCAUUAUAGCAGCACACAGUUUUCUUGAAGAAAGUGAUUUCUAAUUAUUAUAUACAUGAUCUAGCUUUGAAAUAAAUCUUGCAUCCAGUGUGUUCACAGUGGUUAUGUAAGAGAAGUCUUGAAUACAUAAUUUUAUAUAUAUGUAUGUGUUAUUUAUAUGUUGAAAUUAUUAAAUGAAACGGAGCAUUUUGUAUGAACCAAUUUUCUAUGAUAUGUACAAUUUUUCUAUGGCAUAUAUUGUCUAACUAAAAAAUAUUUUCACUAGAUUCAGUUUUCACACACAGAUACACACAAUGUUGUUUUUCAUAUUAUAAGUAUUAUAUUAUAAUUUCUUCCAAUUUUAUUGAAGACUGUAUAACGAGACUGGAUAAUCUUUAAAACGGUCGUGAAAAUAUUUAAUUUAUUUGUUCACUAAUAAUUCCGUAAUAGUGGUCUAAGAGCGACAAUAUAGAAUUGUUUUUAAGAAAACGAUGGUUAUUCAAGAUGCACGUUUCGGACGAUACUGUUUUAUUUAAAUAGCGAUUUGAAUGUAUCAAUUCUAAACAAAUGAUUUCUCUCACUUGCUCUGAUUUAUUUUGGUUAAAAAAAUUAGUUAAAAAAAGCAAAGUUCCAUUACAAAUCAAAUUUAUGUUAUAAUAGUCUUUUAUUUUGUGAAUAGCCAAAUUUUUGAACUUAAUGAAAGUUGAUAUGACCAAGAUUGGAUAGUUGCAUUACACAAGCUAUGAUAAUCAGUAUAAAAUUUAAGUAUUGUAACAAUAAAUAAGGCCUAACUGAAUUUUAAAUAUUUUCCAUAAUUCACAAUUAUAAUUUCUCAGAGCAAGUAGAGAAUCAGUAGGUUGUUUUAUCUCUCAUGUUGGACUUUAGCAGUGCCAAAAGGGUAAUAUAUGCACACACUAUAGCUUCACCUUUGUAUAUUAAUUUGUAGCUAAGUAAGAUACUGAAAUCGGUAACAUGUACCUAUUAAUCUCUAACAUGCAAUGUUAUAAAUGAGAAAUUAACCUGUAAUUGAUUAUAUACUAUUUUAUUAAAUUUUAUUUUAUUUUUUUAUUAUUUUCUAAAAAAGCAAGAACUUUAUGUAUAAUAUCCAUCUUUACAAUGCAAUAUAAUUAUAGUAAUGUUGAUUUAUCAAAUGAAUCAUAGUUUAUUUAGCAGUUAGUACACAAUUAUUUAUCACACAAUCUUAUAUAUGGAAAUCAAUUAUGGGUUAAUUAUAACAUUAUCUAGAAUUUAACAAAUUUUUGGACUUUUACAUAUCGAAAAGCAGGUGACUGCAUUUAUGAAGAAAUUUUUUAUUUCAUAUAUGCUGUAUAUGCUGCGAAUUUUAUUUGUAAAAACUGUGUAAUAGGAAUGUUAUAAUCUCAUCAUUGCUAAUUGUUAUGUAAUUACAUAAUUCAACAAUAUCUUCGUGUAAAAAGUUAGGAAACGGUGCAUUUGACAAAGAAAUCGGUCUAUUCUCAUAAGACUGAAUUAUGAAUAAAACAGUUAUCUACAAUAAAGAGAAAAAGAAGAAUGUUUGCAAUUUUAUGCUGUUCAGCAUAUAUUGAUUUUAAGAGAGUGCAAUGGUGAGGUAAUAUUUUGAAACACAUUGUAUAUAAAUAGAUACACAAAUCAUAGGCAUGCAUACAACGUAUCACGUUACAUUGCUUAUCUUUUAUUGAAUCAUAUCCCAUGAAUAUAUAAAGAAGUUAGGUUUUAAUAUUGACAGUACCGCAAUGGCAUUCCAGUCACAUAUAAUAUAUUGUAUAUUAAUGUAAAUCAAUAUUAUAGUUUCUGAUUUCUAAGGCUAUAGCAAUUCUUAUUGAUGUCGCCAAUAUAAAUUAAGAGAUUUAUUCUUAAUAUUUUGUCAUUUAAAUUACUUUUUUGCUAUUUGGUUACAUCAUAUUUUUGAAUUUUGUUAUUUAAUCUCAUAUAAAACUACUAAAAAAUGUCAUGAAACAUAACUGAAAAAAUAUACUCCAAAAAGAUUUUUAUUUAGAAGAUAUUAAUUUUACCAUUUAGUUAUAUACUCACACAUUAGUCCAAUGCAAAGUUUCUUUGUCUCGUGAGAUAUAAAAUAUCUGAUAAAAUCAUAUUUGUAAAUAUGAUGAACGUUUUUUGUAAUAUUUAGUAUUAAAGUAUAAAAAUACUUCCGAUACCAUAAUUUGUUUCAUAUCAUACAUGAUAUAUGUAUAUGUAAUCAUAUUGUCUAGUUUUGGCAUUGUUGUUACUACUGAUAUACAAUUUUGAGUAAUUCAUUGUGUAAUACAUUUUUGGUAAACUUUGUUUGAUUAUAUAUCUUUUGUUUGAAUUGCAUUGUAUUAUAAAUAGCCUAAUCAGACAUAUUUUAUAUCUGCAUUCAGUCUAAGAUAGGAGAUUUGUAAAUAGGAUUUAGUGAAAUGUAAUUUUUAGAAAUAAGACCAUUAAAGAAAAAGGUAAUUUCUUACUUAUAAUUUAAGUAUAAUGUGACUCAUAGCAAUAGAAUGUUCCUAUGCACAUUGGAUGUAACUGUUUUCAAAAUUAUAUUGUGUAGUAACAGAUUUUUGUAACAUUGGCCUGACAAAUUUUUUAUACAAUAAGAAUAUACAAGAAAAUGUUAUUUCAAACGAAUGAAGUAACAGAUGAAAUGUAUCAAUUCUAGCAGAAAUAAUCGUUUCCAUAAAAUUGUAUGCAAAGGAGUGUUGGUUGCAGAUAAAGUUCCUCAUCUGAAACGAUCAUGGUAUCGAUCGUAGACAUUAACAUUAUAGAAGAGGGAAUAAAAAAAGCGGUGCUUGGAAAGAUAAUAUAAAAUAUAAAAUUUUUUAAUAUCUAAAUAUGUAGAUAACAUCGCCUUUGUUUGUAAUAAAAUAGCGUUAUUAAUGUGUUAUGACCGAAAACGAAUUAACAUUUGUCAUACCAUUACAACAAUUUAUUUUGUCGAUAAUGUAACAUAUAAUAUAAUUGCAUAGUUAAAAGCACGCAAAAUAAACAUUUUAAUAAGUGAGAUAAUUAAAAUUGGUUUACCAAAGUUUGCAAAAAGCAGGAACACAUUUAAAAAGCAUAUCUAAUAAAUAUGAAAAGUUUAUUUAUAAACAUAUAAUUAGUAAUACGUUUUUUCUGUUUGCCGCUUAUUUUAAGCCAUAAUUUUCUUUUUCUCAGAUACCUUUAAUUGUACCAAAUCUGUUUAAUUUGCAUAAAUAGGUAACAUAAUUUAAAAUAAUUCAGAAGGUAUUUAAGAGUUUUAAAGAAUUUAUAUUUUUAGACAGUGCGGAGUAAUAUUUCUUUUAAUUUAUACACUAUAUUUAUUAUUUAUAUUUAUUCGUUUAUUUACACUACCUUCAUAUUCUAAAUAAAUAAGAUGCCUUACAGGGAAUAUACUGAUGUACGGAGGAAAUAUACAGGGAUACAAUUACAAUUUUAGAUUUUAUUUGAUUACAUUGUAUGCUUCAGCACACUAAAGAAUACAUGAAGCAAGUAAAAAAAUGUGAUUGUUGCGAACCACAAGCACGCGAUGUAAUAAUUUAUACACCAGAUAAAACUAAACGAGAUAUCUGUUAAUCGUGCGAUGUACGGAAUAGAUAAGACUAAAAUAUAAGUUAGAAGAUUAAAAAUAAAAUUCAACGUUAUCGCACAGUCGCAUUAAUAAACUUACCUAUACACUAUGAUCACAGUUACAUUCAUAAUUAUUGUAAGUUAUUAUAUGUCAUUAUCGUCUUUAUCAUCAUUAUUAUCAUAUUUUACUGUAUAUAUGUACAUUCUGGUUAUAAAUAGGUGUAUGUUCAAUUAAUUAAAUAUAAUCUGGUUUGAAAGCCUA